CCGCCCAGUACAGGUGGCCAGACUGCGCAUGCGUGUCAGUGGCGUUAGCAGCACACCCGGCUGGCAGUUCCUUCCUCGGAAGGAGAGAAUCCUCUGCCAUGGAGUCCUACGAUGUGAUCGCCAAUCAGCCAGUUGUGAUCGACAAUGGAUCCGGUGUGAUUAAAGCUGGUUUUGCUGGUGAUCAGAUCCCCAAAUACUGCUUUCCAAACUAUGUGGGCAGACCCAAGCACGUUCGUGUCAUGGCAGGAGCCCUAGAAGGUGACAUCUUCAUUGGCCCCAAAGCUGAGGAACACCGAGGGCUGCUCUCCAUCCGUUACCCCAUGGAGCAUGGCAUCGUUAAAGACUGGAAUGACAUGGAGCGCAUUUGGCAAUAUGUCUAUUCAAAGGACCAGCUGCAGACUUUCUCAGAGGAGCAUCCUGUGCUCCUGACAGAGGCACCUUUAAACCCGCGGAAAAACCGGGAACGAGCUGCUGAGGUAUUCUUCGAGACCUUCAAUGUGCCAGCCCUUUUCAUCUCCAUGCAAGCUGUGCUCAGCCUUUAUGCCACAGGCAGGACCACAGGUGUAGUGCUGGAUUCUGGGGAUGGCGUCACCCAUGCUGUGCCCAUUUAUGAGGGCUUUGCCAUGCCCCACUCAAUCAUGCGCAUCGACAUUGCUGGCCGAGAUGUCUCUCGCUUCCUUCGCCUCUACCUGCGUAAGGAGGGCUACGAUUUCCACUCAUCCUCCGAAUUUGAAAUUGUCAAGGCCAUAAAAGAAAGAGCCUGCUACCUAUCCAUAAACCCCCAGAAGGAUGAGACACUAGAGACGGAGAAGGCGCAGUACUACCUGCCUGAUGGCAGCACCAUUGAGAUUGGGCCUUCCCGAUUCCGGGCACCUGAGCUGCUGUUCAGGCCAGACCUGAUCGGUGAGGAGAGUGAGGGCAUCCACGAGGUGCUGGUGUUUGCCAUUCAGAAGUCUGACAUGGACCUGCGGCGCACGCUCUUCUCUAACAUUGUCCUCUCGGGAGGCUCCACCCUUUUCAAAGGUUUUGGUGACAGACUACUGGGUGAAGUGAAGAAACUGGCUCCAAAAGAUGUGAAGAUCCGGAUAUCUGCACCUCAGGAGAGACUGUAUUCCACAUGGAUUGGGGGUUCUAUCCUUGCCUCCCUGGACACCUUUAAGAAGAUGUGGGUCUCCAAGAAGGAAUACGAGGAAGAUGGUGCCCGAUCCAUCCACAGGAAAACCUUCUAAUGUUGGGACAUCAUAUUUACCUCUCUCUGAAGUUAACUCCACUUUAAAACUCGCUUUCUUAAGUCGGAGUGUUUGCGAGGAACUGCCUGUGUGUGUGAGUGUGUGUGUGGGGACGAGUGUGUGCGCAUAUGUGAGUGCCGUGUGACCCAGGGAUUCCAGGGCCCAGAAAGGACGAUGAACUGCCCACGAUUGCGAAGGCCUGAGGCCUGGGGUUGACCACUAACUGGCCCAAGGAAAAGUGCUGGCAGAGAGCCCCACUCCUUCCUCAUCUGGGCCUUUGGCCGUGUGGGACUAUGUUUACUACCAUAGGGAGACAGAGAGGGAGGUAAACCCAAGCCCCAAGAGACCUUGUUGCUGCCCGUCCUAGCUGGGCUACCCCCACCCCACCCCCUGGGUGCCCUGUGGCCCAAGGCAGCCUCUGCUUCCCUUGCUCAUCCUGCUAUGGAUGCCUCUGGAUCAUGGAUGGAGGACUGCGGAUGGGGUAGAGUUCCAUCUGAUUUUGUUGCAGUUUAGGUUUGGGAGGCUAGAAAAGCACUCUAGGAGCUGUUGCUAAACGUCUGGGGUCAGGAGAGGGCAGGAUGCCAUCAGCUGCACCUGGGGGCCAGCACCACACUGGGCAUCGGAGGAGGGCAGUAGUGCCACUUCCAAGUGGUGGCAGAGUUAAUGCUCCACCCCUAUCUCCAUUCCAGAGGGUCUUGGGAGAGUUUAAGGAGCCGGUUGGCCCCAGGCCCUAUUACUUGCUUUUCAUCCAUCCUUGGACAAUGCCAUCUUCAAACAGUUUUAUUUAUUGAAGUGUUUGUUCAGUAUGGGGACUUGGAAAGGAGUUCAUCGUCUCCUGCCCACCAGUCACCUCGUUCACACUAAUGUUUACAGCACCUAAGCUUAGCGUAGUAUCCAGGGCCCUGCCACUCCCUGCUGUGAACUGGCCAUAUCCAUAGGCCUCAGGACCAUCUGGGAUCAGAGGUUAUUGUAGUCAUUCCCACUGGCCCCUUUCUUUCUCCCUCUUCUACUUGCUCACUGCUCUGGAAUCAACAGGCUGGUUGCUGGUUGUAUUUUCUGAAACAGGAGAUAGACUCUCUUUUGCAGAGAUCCCUAGCAAAGAAGGGGAGUUGGGAACUCAGCCCCCAUCGACUGGAUAUCAAGAGCCACAAGUAACCAAGUUGCCUUUUCACACUCUAGCUGACGGGGUUGGGGGCUAGGUUGUAGAGGAAAGAAGACCCCUUUCUGCCAUUCUUGACUUUGGGCUUGUGUGGUUAGGGAAGGAGGGUGACAGACUAGAACACCAGGAUCUGAUGGUCUCAGGCACAUCUCUCAUCCAGUGGGGCCAGGUACCUACCCUGGAUUGGGCUGGCCUAAAGGUGGCCCAAAAGCUUUUCAGCCCAGAUGGUGGAAACGGGGGCUAGCAAAUCUUUACCGGCACCCUCACCUGUGAUACCAGGACCUGCCCCAAUCCCAGAUUCCAGGUAGUAUCCUCUCCCAUGCUGUCCAAUGACCAAAGGCCCUGCCAGGUGUGGGCCAUAGCAGCAGGUGUGUGAAAGCAGUGUGGCAACCCUCAGACUACAGUGUGCUUAACCAGCUCACCUCCCUUCUCUUAGCCCAAGCCUAUCCCCACACAGCCUCACACAAACCAUGUUGCCUGGUGGGGCCCAGUGUACUUAAAUAAAGUUGUUCCAAUAGACA